AUUUUUAUUAAUUAUUUCCAUCAGCUAAAACCCCAUCUUCUUCCACCAAACAAACCAGAGAAAAUGGACGCGAAGAUUACCAGUUUCUUCGAUUCCGUCGGAAAUUUCUUCACCGGAGGCGACCAGAUUCCGUGGUGCGAUUCCGAUAUCGUUGCUGGUUGUGAAAGAGAGGUAGGAGAAGCAAACAAAGGAUCAUCAGAUGAGCUUAAGAGUGAGUGUAUCAUGCGACUAUCCUGGGCUCUCGUUCAUUCUAGACGCCCAGAAGAUGUCCAACGUGGUAUUGCCAUGCUUGAAGCUUCUCUCGAUGGCGUGAACAGCAGUCCUCUGCAAUUGAGAGAGAAGAUUUAUCUUCUAGCUGUUGGCUAUUAUAGGAGCCAGGAUUUCUCGAGAAGUAGGCAGCUCGUUGAACGUUGUUUAGAGAUUGCGCCCGAUUGGAGGCAAGCACUGAGUCUUAAGAAAGCAAUUGAAGAACGAAUUAAGAAAGAUGGCGUGAUAGGGAUAGGCAUUGCAACAGCUGCUGUAGGUCUGGUUGCCGGAGUGUUUGCAGCUGCAUUGACUCGUAAGAAAUGAAGUUAUCGGAAUUUUUUGUUUGUUUGUAUUAUUAUUAGUUAACCAAAUUUUAUUAUUAAAUAUAUACUGUUGUUAAAUCUAAAUUUUAUUAUUAAAUAUAUACUGUUGUUAAAUCUUUGUAGACCAACCAACCAACAUAUAUUUGCUUAAUCUAAUGUUCAGAAUUUUUACGAUA